AUGCGUGUCUCUCGCUCGCUAGCUGUCGCCGCUUUGGCCACUUCCGCCUCGGCCCUUGUUGCUCCGCGUGUUCCCCGUGAUGUCGGCGCCGACGUCAGCGUGCGCGUUAGCCGUGACAGCGAGAAGCCCUUUAUCCUCCAGUCGCGGACCAAGGACGGUGGUGGCUACAAUGGCUACUACGUCUAUGCCUACCACACGGGCGCCGGCCUCAACGACGCUAUGCUGGACACGCAGGAGUCGGUUGCCAACCAAGGCACCGCCUUCACGGGCGACAUUAGCGGCUGGAGCCCGUUCUUUGCCGUCCUCUUCGAGCUCGGCGGCUCGCCCUACGAGUUGAUGCCGUCGACAGGGCCCACCUAA